UACUAUGCUUGAGAUUUAAUCAGCGAUUGUAAGUUACAUAUCAUUCUAUCUUUGAGAUAAAUCGCUAAUAGAAAUGGCCCACUCCGAUCUCAUCCGCUAAUACCGACAAACGGCUUGUUCCUCUAGAUGUCAGGUCGACGUUAAGAUUGAAUGAGCACGGGAGAUGCAUCAGGCGACCCUGUUAUACUUGCCACUGCAGGAUACGAUCAUGCAAUCAGGUUUUGGCAGGCCCAUAGUGGAAUUUGUUACCGAACAGUGCAGCAUCCGGAUUCUCAAGUCAAUGCAUUGGAAAUAACACCUGACAAACAGUUUAUUGCUGCAGCUGGUUAUCAACACAUUCGUAUGUAUGACUUGAACUCCAACAACCCCAAACCAGUCAUUAACUAUGAUGGUAUCAGUAAAAAUGUGACUUCAGUUGGCUUCCAUGAAGAUGGAAAAUGGAUGUACACUGGGGGUGAAGACAACUGUGCAAGGAUUUGGGAUUUGAGGUCAAGAAAUUUACAGUGUCAAAGAAUAUUCCAAGACAGUUCCCCAGUCAACUGUAUAUGUCUGCAUCCGAACCAGGGUGAAUUGUUUAUUGGGAAUCAAAAUGGCACCAUUCAUAUAUGGGAUUUGAAGACAGACAAAAAUGAACAUCUGAUCCCUGAAGCAGAUGCUUCCAUACAGUCGAUUAGUAUUGAUCCUAUGGGAACAAUGAUGGCUGCUGUGAAUAAUAAGGGAAGAUGUUAUGUAUGGACAUUGACCGGAGGGAGAAAUGAUGAGCCUACACAACCCCAUGAAAAGACAACCUUUGAAGUCAGUAAAAGAUAUGCUUUAAAGUGCCUAUUCAGUCCUGACUCAACGCUUCUAGCAACUACACUGGCUGAUAAUUCUACCAAGAUAUGGAAGACUGCAGACUGGACUUUGCAUUCUGAGUUAAAGGACACUGCUCAGCGAUGGGUGUGGGACUGUGCAUUUAGCGGGGACUCUCAAUACAUCAUCACAGCGUCUUCUGACAACAUGGCACGCCUGUGGAGUGUUGACACUGGGGAGGUGAAGAAGGAAUACAGUGGUCACCAAAAAGCUGUUGUCUGUCUUGCUUUCAGAGACGAGUCGAUCCAAUAACACCUAAUUUAUAUCAUGUCCUUAUAAAGAGCAUUUGGGUUUAUGCGUAACAUGCCUUUUUAUCAAUUUCUGGAUAAUUAAUAAUUACUCAAGGAUGUCAUUUGUUUAGCAUUAGAGUCACUGCUGUUCAAGUGCAUAUACCUUUUACAAUUAAUAUUGUAGCAUACCAAUUAAAAAUGAUACUAACUCAUGAAUCAGAUUAUGGAAACAAAAACAGGAUAAUAAAAUACUCAAGCAUGAAAUAGUUACAAUAAUGUUGGUAAUUAGGACAAAACUUCAUUGUGUUCAAUGAUGCAAAGUUAUUGCAACCAACGUACCUUUGUUAAUGAAAGCGAUUUUUAUAAUGGUAAGAUUUUAAAAUGUCUAUAUGAUUUGUAUGUAUGAAUUAUAUAUAUAUAUGUUAGUUGUUUGCUGAAGUAAAGAAAAUAUAUAAAGAA